AUGUUUAACAAUAAAUAUAAUGUUCCACUGUUGCUAUGUGUGUUUUUCAAUAUUCUUCAACCGGCCUCAUGCCAAGACGAUAGAAUUGCAGAAUUAGAAAAACGUAUUACAGAUUUAGAAUCUCGACAGCAACAAUAUCCGGAAGUGACGUUUCUCAGUUACAAAGAUCGCAGACGUAUUCUCGUAACUGGUGGAGCUGGUUUCGUAGGUUCGCAUCUUGUCGAUCGGUUAAUGCUUGCUGGCCAUGAAGUAAUUGUCGCUGAUAAUUUUUUCACCGGUCGAAAACGUAACAUUGAACAUUGGAUCGGUCACGAAAACUUCGAAUUAAUCAAUCAUGAUAUCGUCAAUCCACUUUAUAUCGAAGUUGAUCAAAUCUAUCAUUUGGCUUCGCCAGCUUCUCCACCACAUUACAUGUAUAAUCCUGUGAAAACAAUCAAAGUUAAUUCAAUUGGUACUAUUAAUAUGUUAGGUUUAGCACGACGUGUUCGUGCUCGGUUAUUAUUUGCAUCCACAAGCGAAGUUUACGGAGAUCCGGAAGUUCAUCCACAAAAGGAAACUUAUUUCGGCAAUGUCAAUCCAUUUGGACCAAGGUCAUGUUAUGAUGAAUCCAAACGCGUUGCUGAAGCCAUGUGCUAUGCCUAUGCACAACAGGAAGGCAUUAGCAUUCGUAUUGCUCGCAUCUUCAAUACGUAUGGUCCACGAAUGCACAUGAACGACGGACGUGUCGUUAGUAAUUUUAUUUUGCAAGCACUACAGAAUGAACCUAUUACGAUUUACGGUAGUGGUAAACAAACACGUUCAUUUCAAUACGUUAAUGAUCUUGUCGAUGGUCUAAUUGCUUUGAUGAAUAGUAAUUACUCUAUGCCGAUGAACAUUGGAAAUCCAGAUGAAUAUACGAUUGAACAAUUCGCUUUCAAAAUAAGGAAUCUCGUCGGAUCUCAAGCAUCAAUUGUCUACAAAGAUCCAGUUGUUGAUGAUCCGAAACAACGACGACCUGAUAUCACCUUAGCACAAACAUGGUUGAACUGGUCGCCGAAAAUCUCGUUAAAUGAUGGUCUCAAUCGAACGAUUGCUUACUUUCGUAAUGAACUCCUUGUCAGACAUCAUAGUGAACGUAAUGUGUUCUUUCCGGAUGAAUGGAUAUAUUCAUCAAAUGGAAACACAAUGCAAACAACUGACAAAAACGAACUCUAA